AUGCAUGAAUCAUCAAGAGCAGCAGGACCCUUGGGAGCAGCAGCUCCAUCAGGAGCAUCAGAGGUGCGCGAAUCAUUGAGAGCAGUAAGCACAGAAGUAUCACCAGAGCUGUCUGCCCCCUCAUCUCCAUCGCCUCAAUUUCAGCAACCUCUGCACUUGUUGGUUCCACCAUCAUAUGACCAGCAUAGCACUGCCCUCCAAACUGCACCAUAUAAUUACGGUCAUGGCAGGACCCUUCCAGCACCUUCAUAUGGGCAACAUCUUGAUGUGCUGCAAGGUCAGAACUAUCCUGACCCACACCAUAAUCAGAUCACCUACCAACAGACUGCUCAACCCCUUCUAGCCACAAAUCAGAGUUUGGGUGUCAAGACUGCCAGUUACAGCCAUGCCCAGUAUGCUCCUCAUGAUGACGUGUAUACACACCUUGCAUCCCAUCAUGCUAAUGCUGCACACACGGAAGCUUAUAUGACCCGUCCACCUGCUCAUCAACAACAUCUGGAAAACAACAGUACUCCUGCAUUGGUAUUUUCUCAGCAGCAGCAAUAUUCAGACAUUUUUGGUUGUGUGCCUGCUUGCACACAUUCUUGUGCACGUACUCCUCAACAACACAGGGAGACUUACGACACUCAUGUGCUGGCUCAUCAACCACCCACCUCUCAGCAGCAUACAAGGACAUACAACACUCGUGUGCCUGCUCCAUAA